GCCACAUUUCAACGAAUGAACAUCGGCUUCCAGAGACUAAUUUACUAUAACGAUUCCCAACGACUCCUUGAAAUGAAGCUCAAUUUCUUUCUUUCCACCGUGAUCCUGCUCGUUUUCUUUCUACCGCGCUAUGAAUGCAGAGCCGUUGAAAUUCCGGGCGCUGCGCAACCAGCGCUUGGUCCUCAAUCUGAUCUACAGCAGCAAUCUCUUCCUAUCCUUUUGCGAAUGGGAGAGGAGUAUUUCAUUCGGCUCGGAGAUCAGAACCCUCUGGUUCCGAAGCCGAAAACGCCCCUCGAUUUUUCUUCACCAACCAUCAACCGAGCCCUGCAGCUGAACCUCACGCAGCGUCUCUUGCGAGGAAAAGUUGGAGACAUCGCUCGGUUCGUGAGCGGCUACGCAAACCAACUUGAUGACACGAUGGAGAAAGAGAAGCGGUCUGAUGAAGCUCCCAUUUCAUUAGACCUGACCUUCCACCUCCUCCGAGAAGUGCUGGAGAUGGCACGGGCUGAGCAGUUAGCCCAACAAGCGCACAGCAACCGGAAAAUGAUGGACAUUUUUGGGAAAUAG